CAAUUAGUCCCUCUCCUUCUCUUCAAACAAAACAUAUCAUCACACCGUCAUCGUCUUCAAUUUACUUCCUCCGUCAAAAUCAAAUGAUCCAAAACCCUAAUUUCUCUUUACUGCUCUGAUUAAAUUGGUUUCGAAAAAGGAGGAGGGGAGGAGAGUUGAAAGAUAUUACACAGAAGAAAGGGGUUAAAGAUGUCUCUUCCGCUACUGGAGUGUAAGUACGUGACGGAGGAGUUUGUUCGUGAAGGUAAGAAUGGCAACUAUGGAACCAAGCUGCCCAGCUCUGUACCGAUGCUUCGUUUCCUCUACGAGCUCUGUUGGAUUUUGGUUCGUGGCGAAUUGCCAAUUCAGAGCUGUAAAUCUGUGUUGGAGUCUGUGGAGUUUUUGGAUAAGCCGCCCAGAGAAGAAUUAGCUUCUUGUUUUGCCGAUGUUGUGACUCAGAUUGCUCAAGACCUUACAAUGUCGGGAGAUCAACGUUCUCGCCUAACCAAACUGGCGAAAUGGCUUGUGGAAUCACAGACAGUCUCUCAAAGGCUUUUCCAAGAGCGUUGUGAGGAGGAGUUUCUCUGGGAAGCUGAUAUGGUUCAGAUAAAGGCUCAAGACUUGAAGGGGAAAGAGGUGCGAUUAAACACUCGUCUUCUGUACCAGCAGACAAAGUUCAAUUUACUCCGUGAAGAAAGUGAGGGAUAUGCGAAAUUGGUCACCCUUUUAUGCCGAGGAUCGGCAAGUUCUUCGCACAAUGCAUCAGCAGCAACGAUGGGAAUUAUCAAGUCAUUAAUUGGGCAUUUUGACCUGGAUCCGAACCGUGUUUUUGACAUUGUUUUGGAUUGCUUUGAAAUUGAACAAGAUUACGACACAUUCCUCAAUCUAAUUCCUAUCUUUCCCAAGUCUCAUGCUUCACAAAUUCUUGGAUUUAAAUUUCAAUACUAUCAGAGAUUAGAGGUGAAUAGCCCUGUUCCAGUUGGGCUCUAUAAGCUUACAGCCUUGCUAGUAAAGGAAGACUUUAUCAAUCUUGAAAGCAUAUAUGCACAUCUGCUACCUAAGGACGAGGAAAUAUUUGAGGAUUAUAAUACUUCCUUUGCAAAGCGAGUGGAAGAGGCCAAUAAAAUUGGAAAGAUUAAUCUCGCUGCUACUGGGAAGGAUCUUAUGGAGGAUGAGAAGCAAGGAGAUGUCACAGUAGAUCUCUUUGCUGCUUUAGACAUGGAAACUGAUGCUGUUACUGAGCGAUUACCAGAGCUUGAAAAUAAUCAGACUCUGGGCCUCCUUAAUGGUUUCCUCUCUGUGGACGACUGGUAUCAUGCCAAUAUCUUGUUCGAGCGUCUUGCCCCUCUUAAUCCGGUGGCUCACAAUCAGAUUUGUAGUGGCUUGUUUAGGCUUAUAGAGAAGUCGAUUACUCAUGCUUAUCGCAUUGCACGUCAGACACGUUUUCAAAAUUCUUCUUCUGGGGGCACAGAAAAGAUCACACACACUGCUAAUAAGACUUGUCUAGACCUUCCGAAAGAAGUGUUUCAGAUGCUUGUUACUGUUGGACCCUACCUGUAUCGCAAUACACAACUACUGCAGAAGAUUUGUAGAGUAUUAAGGGUUUACUACGUGUCGGCCUUAGAUCUUGUUCGCGAUGGGUCUUCAAAUCAAGAAGGUAGUGUAUAUGAAGUUUCUCGUGUGCACCUGAAGGAAGUUAGGUUGAGAGAGGAAGAAGCUCUAGGAACAUGCCUUCUACCAUCGUUACAGUUAGUACCUGCAAAUCCAGCAGUUGGCCAUGAGAUCUGGGAAGUGAUGAGUCUCCUUCCAUAUGAGGCUCGUUAUCGCUUAUAUGGUGAGUGGGAAAAGGACGAUGAGCAGAAUCCUUUGUUGUUGGCAGCAAGACAAGUGUCAAAGUUGGAUACUAGAAGAAUAUUGAAACGGCUUGCAAAAGAAAAUUUGAAGCAGUUAGGAAGGAUGGUGGCAAAACUAGCUCAUGCCAAUCCCAUGACAGUGCUUCGAACAAUUGUAAAUCAGAUUGAAGCAUACAGAGAUAUGAUUGCUCCUGUUGUGGAUGCCUUUAAGUAUUUGACACAGCUUGAGUAUGAUAUCCUGGAAUAUGUCGUGAUUGAGAGACUGGCACAAAGCGGGCGAGAUAAACUAAAAGACGACGGGAUUAAUUUAUCAGACUGGCUUCAAUCUUUGGCAUCAUUUUGGGGUCACCUGUGUAAGAAGUACCCAUCAAUGGAGUUAAGGGGUCUUUUCCAGUAUCUCGUGAACCAGUUAAAGAGGGGCCAAGGGAUUGAGCUUGUUCUUCUUCAGGAACUGGUCCAGCAGAUGGCAAAUGUACAAUACACUGAGAACCUUACUGAAGAUCAGUUGGAUGCUAUGGCAGGAAGUGAGACUUUACGUUAUCAUGCAACAUCCUUUGGCAUGACGAGGAACAACAAGGCACUUAUCAAAUCAUCAAACCGUCUACGAGAUUCUUUACUUCCAAAUGAUGAACCAAAGUUAGCUAUCCCCCUUUUGUUACUUAUCGCCCAGCAUCGUUCUCUAAUUGUGGUGAAUGCGGAUGCCCCAUAUAUUAAGAUGGUCACUGAACAGUUCGACAGAUGUCAUGGAAUUCUCCUCCAAUACGUGGACUUCCUUUCUAGUGCUGUCAGUCCUGCUACUGCUUAUGCUCGGCUGGUACCUUCGCUUGAUGAGCUUGUUCACACAUACCAUCUCGAGCCAGAGGUCGCUUUUUUGGUAUUUCGCCCUGUGAUGAGGCUCUUCAAGUGUCGACGGAAUGGUGAUGUUUCAUGGCCUUUGGAUAGUGGGGAAUCUAUGGAUGCGGAUUCUGAAAUAUCAGAGUCUGAGAGUUCUAUGAUUCUCGAUGUCGGUGCAUCUGAAAAAGCUGUAACGUGGUCUGAUGUUCUUGAUACAGUAAGAACAAUGCUGCCGUCAAAAGCUUGGAAUAGUCUAUCGCCAGACCUCUACGCUACUUUUUGGGGGCUUACGCUUUAUGAUCUCCAUGUUCCCAGAAAUCGUUAUGAGUCUGAGAUAUCUAAACAGCAUGCUGCCCUUAAGACACUUGAAGAGGUUGCUGAUAAUUCUAGCUCAGCAAUUACGAAGAGAAAAAAAGAGAAGGAAAGGAUUCAAGAGUCUCUUGAUCGUCUAACCGGUGAACUGAAAAAGCAUGAAGAACAUGUUGCUUCUGUCCGUAGAAGGCUUUCACGUGAA